AUGGAGCCUUUACCAGUUCUGUUACCAGACGAAAUCGUUCCAUUUUUUAUAAACAUUGUUUUUGAUGACCAGCGUCUGUUCGAAAUCAUCCAAGUCAAACUAAACGAAGCAGAUCCUGAAGAAAUGACAAAAACUUUAACAUACGAUUUAAAAAUUCAACCAAUUGAAGCUUCAAUUCUAAGCGCGAUAGAAUCACAACUUGAGGAGUAUAAGAAACUUACAGAAAUGGUUCCAUCUACUGAAUGGGCAAAAAAUGGAUCUGCAGUUCAUGUUCUUCUUAUUGAAGCAUCAACUGAAUCCGUUGUAUACAGUGACCAGUUUGAAUGGGACAUUUUCGACCGUACGAUGAACCCUGAUGAGUUCUCAAGAUUAACUCUUGAAGAAUUAGCUCUACCUGCAGAAUUUAUUAACACAGUUUCAGCACAAAUUAGACAUCAAGUUAUCCGCCUUAGAUGUAUGCACUGUUUUCCAGAUAAAUUUGCCGAAUAUAUUAAAUUGAAUCCAAUAUCUUCACCACAAACAAUUACAGGAUUCAGACCAGUAUCAGAUCUCAUUGAUGUAUCACCAGUUGUUGGCCUUAGACCAGGUCGCGAGUCUAAAAGUACUUCAGGAACAAGAGAUCGUGAUUAUAGACAUCAAAGGAGAGCCAACAACAGGGCAAGUUUAUCAUUUAAUACUGCAUUACAUAGAGCUGAUGAUGUAGCCGUUAUCCAAGUUAAAUUAGUUCCAACAGUUAGAGCUGUACCAAUGCCUGAAGAUAAUCCUAACAUUAACUUAGCAGCUAUACCAUCAAUGCUUAAUGAUCCAGAAGUUAUGGCUGACGAUACAAGAAAGGUUACACAGAAGCUCGAACAAGCAAGAUAUUGCCCUGCACCUACUCAAUUCUCUGGCGAUGAGUCAGAUAAUGAAUCUGAAAAUGAUAUGUAUUGA